AUCCGCGUGUCUCGGCAUUGUGGGAUAGCAUCAGGAGGUCAUCGGAGCUCCGGGUCAACUCCGUGUUUUAUUAAAACACCUUUCUUUGGACAUUUACGGAUUUUAACGGAUUCCAGCAAUGCGUGGAGAUGAAACGGAUUCGGAGUCCGUUAAAUCAGCCGAUGGUUCGAUUCGGAGCAAUCUCGAGGCGCUUUGUCAAGAGCUCAAUAUGGACGAAGAGACGGCAGCAGAAGCGCUUGAGAACUUCAGCUCGAUCUGGAACACGUACACGCUAGAGGGUGAUGUCGUUCACUGGCUGGCCUGCUCUCUGUAUGCUGCCUGUAGGAAGAGCUCAAUCCCCACUGUGGGACGGGGUGUGAUGGAGGGCAACGGCGUUUCCCUUACAAGGAUCCUGCGCUCGGCGAAGCUCAGUUUGAUUCAGUUCUUCAGCAAGAUGAAGAAAUGGUCAGACAUGUCGAACCUCUCUCAGGAUUUCCGCAGCCGCAUAGGUCGACUAGAACGCAAUUUCGAAGUGUCGACUGUGAUUUUUCGGAAAUUUGAGCCAAUAUUUCUGGACAUGUUUCAGAAUCCUCAGGUUGAACCUCCCCGGAUGCCUAGAAGCCGCAAACACCGGCGUCUUCCAUGCCACGUCAGUGACGUCUUCAAGUUCUGUUGGACUCUGUUUGUGUAUACAAAAGGCAAUUUCCGUAUGAUAGGAGAUGACCUGGUCAACUCGUAUCACCUCCUGCUCUGCUGUCUGGACCUGGUGUUUUGCAACGCCCUCAUGUGCUCCAACAAGAAAGAUCUCAUCAAUCAAUACUUCAGAGGACUGCCGAAGGAUACAGAAAACUUGGAGGAAAUACCCUGUGUCAUUGACAAGUUGUGUGAGCUGCAUGAUGGGUUGGUGGUGGAGGCCAAAGGCAUAAAGGAGCACUACUUCAAACCCUACAUAAAGACACUGUUUGAGAAAAGAAUAUUAAAAGGUGAUGCUGAGACUCUGACUGAGUUGCUGGAUACCCCAAAUUUCCAAGACAACAAUAAAUCCAUAAAUCGUGAGUAUGAGGAAUAUGUUUUGACUGUGGGGGAUUUCGACGAGCGGGUGUUUCUGGGAGCUGACGCAGACGAGGAGAUCGGCACACCUCGCAAGGCCACCGCCGAGCCUCCAUCAGGUCAACUAUCCGCCCGCAUGCACGUGGAGAACCACCUUCAGCAGCACUUUGAGAAGACGCGUUCCCUUGCUCCGUCUACGCCUCUAACGGGUCGACGGUAUCUGAAGGAGAAAGAGGUGCUGGUCACCCCCGUUUCCUCAGCUACCCAAAGUGUGAGUCGACUGCAGAGCAUGGUGUCCGGCCUCCGAAACGCUCCGAGCGAUGCUCUGGUUCAAAUCUUUAAUUCCUGCUCUCGAAAUCCCACUGAGUCCAUUCUGAACCGAGUGAAGACCAUGGGAGAGAGGUUUAAACAGGCCUACACCAAACCCACAGAUGACCUGCCAGGAGCACAUAUGGAUUUUGCAGAGAAUCGUCUGAAGCUGGCGGAGAUCUUGUACUUUAAGAUCCUGGAGAACAUCAUGACUCAAGAGAUGAAGAGAUUACAAGGGAAAGACAUGGCGGUCCUGUUGGAGCAGGAGGUGCUCCAUUGCUCUCUGUUGGCGUGCUGUCUGGAGGUGGUGCUGUUCGCAUACAGCUCUCAAAGAACAUUCCCCUGGAUACUAGAAAUCUUUCAGAUCCCACCAUUCUACUUUUACAAGGUGAUCGAGGUGUUCAUCCGGUCCGAGGAGGGUUUGUCCCGAGACAUGGUGAAGCAUUUGAACAGUAUAGAGGAGCAGGUGCUGGAAAGCAAAGCCUGGACCAGAGACUCGGCCCUGUGGACGGCACUCAAUAACGCUAAUAAUAAAGUCCCCACUGUAGAAGAGGUGAAUUUUCCCAGUAAUUUUGACACGGGCAACAAUUCAGGCGGUCCCACUCACCUCCCAUUGGUGGCGCUAUCUCCCAUCGUCCACCCUCGCAUCAGGGAGGUCCGCACAGGCCUGGGCUCCAGCGCACGCAAAGACGUCCCUCAGUCUCCCAUCUAUCUCCACGACCGCUACAGCUCACCUGCAGCCGGCAGCGCUAAGAGACGCUUGUUUGGUGACGAUCCUCCUCCACAGUCCCCAGUGAAAAGAAUCUCAGUCACUCCCAUCAAAAUCAUUCCCAGCAGCACAGAAAACAACCAGAACACCAGCACAACGACCGUCCUCUCCAUGGCCACAGGAAACGGCCAGCAGCUCACCAUUCCACUGCCAGUGGUAAAGAACCAGACGGGUGGCAUCACAGUCAUCCAACUUCAGGCCAAUGAUAUGCACCCCCUCACCGCUCAGUUCUUACUGACCACCUCCCCCAGCCGAACAGCAGCUCCACCCGCCAGCUCCGACACACAGCCACCGGCCGUCAACAAACCCCGGCGCACUGGAUCCCUCGCCCUCUUCUUCAGGAAGGUGUAUCAUUUAGCAAGUGUGCGUCUGCGAGACCUGUGUCUGAAGCUGGACAUCUCAUCGGAGCUGCGAGGGAAGAUCUGGACGUGUUUUGAGCACUCGCUGCUGCACUGCACUGACCUGAUGAAGGACCGGCACCUGGACCAGCUGCUGCUCUGUGCUGUCUACAUUAUAUCAAAGAUUACAAAACAAGAGCACACUUUUCAGGACAUUAUGAAAUGCUACCGAACCCAACCUCAAGCCAACAGUCACGUGUACCGCAGUGUUUUACUGAAGAGGAGGCCCAGAGAACAGCAGACAGAUGAGAACAUGGAAGUGGAUCCGCCGGCAGAACAGUCCAAUGAGAGGACGGAACAGGCAAACACAACAGAGGCUGACAGCGAAUCAGAGGAAAGAGGAGACCUCAUCCAGUUCUACAACUCUGUUUAUGUGCUAAAGAUGAAAUCGUUCGCUCUCAAAUAUGCACAUUCCACACUUGAUAAUAAGAUGGAGGCUCCUCCGUUAUCUCCGUUCCCGUCGGUUCGUUCCCAGCCCCUCUCUCCUCGCCGUAUAUCUCAGAGACACUCCAUCUUUGUCUCUCCUCAUAAAAACAGCUCAAGUCUCACACCCAGUAAUGCUUACACGUACAAGUUCACUGGCAGCCCAUCAAAGGAGCUGAGUGACAUAAACCAGAUGAUCCGUCAGGGUGGGGUGAGCAAGAAGCGGGCGUUCACCAUGGAAGGUGAUGAGACCGAGUCUCCAUCUAAAUGCCUGCGGCAAGAGAACGACGACGUGCUUCUCAAACGCCUGCAGGAUGUGGUCAGCGAGAGAGCGAGUCUCUAAGCUGUGGGAUGCCCGGUCUCCUAACAGACCCAAUAUAAAGCCAAAAACUCUUCCUGUGUGCUGCUCAACGACUCCAGGAUGUAGAGAGAUGCGACAAUCAGUCUCUUAUCUGUUCAGAAUCCAGCACAUUAAUUAUGUCACCAAACAGUAGCAAAGCCAAAAAUCAUGACAGAUUUUUUUGUUUUAUAUCACACCAGGAUUUUUGAAUAUCAGGGAGAUUGGUAUAAACUUAAUAGUUUUAUACCGAAUCAUGUAUCAUGUUUUUCAUGAUGCUCCGCAUGCUUUCAUAAGUAAAUUCUUACGUUUUUACAGAGAUAUUCUGUAUCUGUUGUUUUCUCAAUCAAGUGACUCGUUUCUCCGGUAGAAUCUCCCAUGAUCUCCCAGAUAUAUUAGUGAUUUUUAUUUCAUUUUAAUCAAGUGAUUUACUGGCACAAUGCACUGGACAAAUUGAAUCUUUUAAUUUUUUCGUUUUGAUUUAAGUGUGGUUUUUGGUGAACCUGCCAGUGGUCGCAUUAGUUUUGCAACAAUCCUGCAGUUUUUUAUUUAGAUGCAUGUUAUCUACACCUCUCUAUUAAUUGUAAUGUUUCUCUUUAGAGUUUAAUAUUUAGUAUUUUCUCCAAAAUUUCAGGAAAUUCCGUUUCCUGAAAUGGUCAUGUUUUCAGUGCAUUUAACAUUUUUUCCAUCUUCUGGCUCAUGUGGUGUACAAAUAACUUUUUCAACACUGUUUGUUAAACAGUGAUACAGCUAUAAUUGUAUCAUUUGGUUCAGCUCAUGUUAUUUCAUUAACAUUCAUUGGUCACAUGCUCGAUGAGGUCGAAGUGAAAGGUGUUUACUUUGAAUCAUGUGAUCAGUGCUAUAGUAUCUGUAUUUCUCAGUAUUGUCGGUUAAUUUGGGAUUGCAGUUUUAUUCUUGUACAAAUGUUUAGUUUAUCCAUUGUUCUUUUGCCUUCAUCUAACUCCAUCUCUGAUGUCCAACACUCUUGAUCUCUUUGCAGUUGGUGCUUUGUAUAUUCUCUGAAAUACUUAUUUUAUAUCUGUUUAUACAAACUCCAUAUUUUAAGCUCCACCUUUUUCCGCAAAACAAUGCUCAUGUACUGUUUGUAAUUUAGCUUUAUUGUAAUUGUUGGUUUAAUCAAUCAGCUGUUCGGCAGUGAGUGCCUUAGCAUGUACAUAACAAUAAAAUGUAUCCAUUCUCAAA